AUGUCUUCUGGAUCAACGUCGACAUCGACUGCGACCGUGGACGACGACGCAGCACGUCGACACCGUCGCCAUCAACGCCAGUACCAGCGUCAAGAUUCACAUUCAACCUCAGUCUCAUUGCCAGACCGAAAAAGCAGUCUAAGCCAGGACAAAAGACCGAGAACGAGUCGAAGAUCUUCACGCAAAGAUACAGCCACACUGCAUCGUCAGAGCUGUCUGUUGUUCGAGUCGUUGGACGGAGUACUCGCCCUCAAUGGUGAGUCUGGCUCCGUGCCGAGUCUCAGUCCGCCUAGCACACGUGCCACGACGAGACGGACGUCCCUCGAGCCUGCGAUUGUGGGAGGCGAUGAUCAGUUUGCUGCGGUUGAUGGGAAAGAGAGUGUGAGUGUGGGCAGACCGAUCCAGGUACACUCGCAUUCAUACUCCUACUCUUCAAGAAAGACGAGCAUAUCUUCAUACGGUUACCGCGAUUCGAGGCACAGUGAGUCUCUAUCUGCCAGUCCGAGCCGAGGCCAGAGCCAGAGCCCUUAUUACUAUCGCGACCCAUUUGACCAUCGCGUCACGCAGCGUAUGUCGGUAUCUACUGAACGCAUCAGCCCACUGGUCGGCCGGACAUAUGGUGAUGAUGAUGGCAAUGCUGGCGUUGAUAACAGCCCACCCCCAAUACGACCACACUUCAACACAGUCAUAUCAUGGACAUCAGACGCCAGCCGGCGCACCGAAUACGCAAAGAUCGACCGCGCGCAUUCCGGGGUUCGUGGGUUCUGGAGGCGCGUGAUGCCAAAGUGUCUGCACAAGGAUGGCAGACGCGCUUUCUUCUCGGGUGAUUCAGACUGUGAUGCGGAUAGUGUGAGGAGAUUUAGAUUGGAUUUGGAUGCAGAUGCAGAUGCCGACUCCGACACAGAGGCUGAGGAUAAUGGCGAUGCGUAUGGGGAGAAGAUCGAUUCUCAAAGGGCUCAAGGACGAAGCCUAGAUGGCGAGAAAGGUCCGAGUCCAACGGAGCAUACGAUCAAGACGAACAUUGAAGUAUCUGGGAAGGACAUCGAGGGGAGGAAGAACUGGUGGACGUGUUUCCAGUGA